CGGCCCAGAGGUCAGCCCCCCCCUUAUGCCGCAGGACUUCCGCCACCACAACUACGCCGACAUGGAGCUGUUCCUGCGCAGGCACAGCGUCGAGUUCCCCGCCAUCGCACACCUCUCCUCCGUGGGUAGGUCGGUGCAAGGCCACGAGCUGUACGUGAUGGUCAUCUCCGACAACCCGACGGUCCACGAGCAUGGAGAGCCCGAGUUCAAGUAUGUCGGCAACAUGCACGGCAACGAGGUGGUGGGACGGGAGCUGCUGCUCAACCUCAUCGAGUAUCUCUGCCGUAACUAUGGCAACGACCCCGAGGUCACCCAGCUGGUCAACAGCACACGCAUCCACAUCAUGCCCUCCAUGAAUCCGGACGGCUACGAAGUUGCCAGGGAAGGGGAUAAACAAGGCUACCUGGGACGGAACAACAGCAAUAACUUUGACCUGACCGUCAACUUCCCCGACCAGUUUGUGAACAUCACGGAGCCAAGGCAGCCGGAGACGGAGGCCGUGAUGAGCUGGCUGGAGAGCGUCCCCUUCGUGCUGUCGGCCAACCUUCACGGGGGCUCUUUGGUGGUUAAUUACCCCUAUGAUGACGACAGAGAAGGAGUCUCGCAGUACAGCAAGUGCCCCGAUGACGAGAUCUUUCACCAGGUGUCUAGAGCCUACGCACAGGAGAACGCUCUGAUGCACAAAGGGCACCCUUGUGAGAUGCUGUACCCAGAGGAAUAUUUUGGGGAGGGCAUCACCAAUGGUGCCAACUGGUACAAUGUUCCUGGAGGCAUGCAGGACUGGAAUUAUUUGAACACCAACUGUUUUGAGGUCACUAUUGAACUUGGCUGUGUCAAGUUCCCUGGGAGAAGGACCUGCCCAUACUGGGAUCAAAACCAACGAUCCAUGCUACAAUUCAUCCACCAGGUCCACAGGGGAGUCAAGGGCACCGUCUCAGACAUCCACACUGGUUCUGGCAUCCCCGAUGCCACCAUUCGCGUUGAGGGCAUAGAUCACAACGUCACUACAGCCCAGACGGGAGACUACUGGAGGCUGCUGGUCCCCGGGACAUUCAGCCUCAUCGCCUCGGCCCGCGGGUAUGAACCGAUGAAGAUCUACGCCACCAUCCCAAACAGAGUAGAGGUGGUGGACUUCAAACUGAGCCGCGUCGGCGCCGGGCCUGAAGGCCGGCUCCCAGCGGGCCCGCCGCCCACCCAGGACCCCUCAGUGGAGGAGUUCCAGAACUUCAUCCGCUACCUGUCCCAGGGCGAGGGUCUGGAGGAGCUAGUGAGGAGCACCGCCACGGAGAACAGCUACCGCUACCGGAGUGAGAGAGAGAUAGCAGAGUCCCUGAGAGGCCUUCUCCUCAACUUCCCCAAAAUCACCUCCCUGCGAAGUCUGGGCCAGAGUGUGGAUUUCCGAACCAUCCGGGCUUUGGAGAUCUCCAACCAGCCGGAUGAGGCGGAGCCUUCUGAACCCAAAAUAAGAUUUGUGGCAGGGAUCCAUGGAAACGCUCCAGUGGGAACUGAGCUUCUGCUGGAAUUUGCAACCUUCCUGUGUAUGAACUAUGGCAAGAACCCGGCCAUCACCAGGCUCAUUAACAGUACACGGAUUGUCAUCCUGCCCCUCAUUAACCCAGACGGUAGGCAGCUGGCAGUGGAAAAGCAGUGCACCUCCACACGGGGCAUGGCCAACGCUCGCGGCAAAGACCUGGACACAGACUUCUUUGGCAACGCUUCCCAGCACGUGGUGGAGGCCCAGCCUGAGACCAGAGCAGUGAUGAAGCUUAUCCUGGAGAGGGGGCAAACGCUGUCUGUGUCUUUAGAUGGGGGCGCUCUUCUGGCUACCUACCCUUACGACAAACCCGUCCAGACUGUUGAAAAGGAGGGCACUCUGAAGUACUUGGCUAAUGUGUACGCCAGAAACCAUCCCAGGAUGCAUCUUGGAGACCCCAGAUGUCCGAGCACGGGGCAAGGCGGGGUUCUGAGGGCGGCAGAGAGGCAGAGCCACAUGGGCAGCAUGAAGGACUUCAGUGUGGACUUUGGCCAUUGUCCAGAGAUCACUGUGUACACGGGCUGCUGUAUGUUCCCCCCCGCCGAGCAGCUGUCCACACUGUGGGCAGAGAACAAGAAGGCCCUUCUCAGCAUGCUUGUGGAGGCCCAUAAGGGCGUGCGAGGUGUGGUGCGGGACCGGAGUGGGAAGCCCAUCGUCGGGGCCAUGAUCGUGAUGAACGGGGGGGUGCGGGUCUACACUGCAGCAGGGGGCUUCUUCCAUGCUCUGCUGGUCCCGGGCAGCCACGACAUUGAAGCCAUCGCUGAUGGAUACCAGCAUCAACGCCAGAAGGUGGUGGUGUCGUCCCAUGAAGCGGCCAGUGUGGUCAUCAUUUCGUUGAACAUGGACAACCGUAUCUUCGGUCUGCCCAGAGAGUUUGUGGUGGCUGCUGCAGCCUCUAUGACGGCCCUGGUGUUGACCGCCUGCAUCAUCUGGUGUGUGUGUUCGGCCAAGUCCAACCAGCAGAAGGACGGCUUCCACCGGCUGCGGCAGCACCGGGAUGACUACGAGGACGAGAUCCGCCUGACCUCCAUGGGCUCCAAAAAGGCCCUGCUGGGCCACGAGUUCCAGGACGAGAGCGAGAGCGACGAGGAGACGCUGUACGCCAACAAGCUCUGAAGCACCGGCGACGGCCCGCACACCCUGUCCCUGCACUCUGCUUGUAGCCCGGUGUUUUCCUUUUUGGUUGUUUGUACAUUCGUUCACUCUUGGCCCGCGAGAACGUGAUGGACCAUUGGGCUAUGGCACCCGUUUGCUUUUUCGACAGACUUUUCAAAAGUGAUUGCAUCUCCCGCUCUGGCUCACCCUCGCUCUCUCUCUCUCUCUCUCUCGCUCUCUCUCUCGGCCAUCAACCUCCUGAAUAUGUGUGUAUUAUAGUAAUACUAUGAGAAGAGGAAGCGAGGAGCUGCCCUGUAUAGAGGGGACACUGGGAGUUUACAAUUCAACGCCUAUCCGUCCAAUACACACCGAAAGGUCAACCCUUUUCACAUCCAAUCCCCCCCAAAAAGCAUUGUCUCGUGAGAAAGUGGUUCAGUCCAACCACACGAAUGAUGUUCUCACUAUGCUUGAAUGAACUUUACAUAAUCACAGAAACCUGCCGUUAUUGAUAGAACAUAUGCUGCAAUGCUACUGUACAUUGAUACAAAGUGAAAGUUAUUAUUUUUAGGUACCAUUUUGGGAUGGAGAACCCAACACUGUGCCUUGGCUGUGGUCAAAUUCAACAGCCUGUUGAAAGAGUUUGUGACGGAUUAUGAAUGGUCUAGAAUCAGAUCCAGGCUUAACUAGAGGGUGUACGGUAAUUUAACUUGUAAAGUUGCUGAAAUCAAAUGUUUGUAACCGGUUGGUUGUAUUUUCCUCCUCUCAGCUCCCUGACGCAAGUCAAAUGGAGAGAGUUGUAGGUACAGGGAGCUCUAUGCAUAGGAAAGCAAUGAUGAAAGCAAAGAAUGCUUUUUAAGAUAUCCGUAAACAUCAUACGUCAGAAACUAUGAUCCUCAAUUGUUGACUUAUUGGAUCAUCUUUUUUUUGAUUUGCAACAUUUUGGAUAGAAUAUAAAAUAACUUUUUAAAUGUAUUUGGCUUUCAUGGCUUUCUGAA